UAUUGUCCGUGCAGGCCCGUAGCUAGGGGGUGGCCCCACCUAGAAUGUGGUCUUGCCCCCACUGGAAAUUACGGUUGAUGGGUCCUUUACAAAAAUUACAGGGGAAGCCUUUAUCAAAAAUUUCUUAAGCCCCACCGGCCACCCCUGCGACUUCAUUCUGGCUACGGGCCUGUGUCCGUGUCUUUCCGUCUGUACUACUAUGUACUAGUCCUCCAAGGAUAUGGAUAUUUUGGAAUGCAUCAGUCUAGUUAAAUAUUCGAAAAGUCUCCCUUUAAAAUUUGAGGGGCAUUUUAUAUUACUUUUGGGCUCAACGUUAUUGCAAAUUAGGUUGGAAAAUAAAAGAAACUUUCACGCUGAAUUCAAGUAGAUACUUUUACAUGGAUUAGGUACACAACUUUAUGCAUGGCACAUUUGCCCUCCUACAACUGGAGUUUAUGGUGGUACAUCGGCAGGACCUAGUAGUAUCCGGAAGUACACAGAAUUACUGGCAGAACAGGGCGAGUACUCCAAGUAAUGCCAGUUCCGGUAGUACUAAUUCAACCUAGUGGAAAUCCAAGGAUUGUGCAUGUACUUGUUUUAAGUUUCACAAAUCAAAAUCACAUCCUCGAUUUACUGUUACCAACAUCCACAAAGAAAUGCAUAAGGUUGAAGUCACAUUGUGAAAUUUAAAUUUCUUCUUUUCGGCGUGACCCGUUUACUUUAUAAGAUUAGACUUUUAGCGUUGAUGAGUGAUAUCAUUGAAUAAAGAAUCAGAUUUAUUAUUCAAUGGUGAUAUUUAAUUACUGAAUGCUGUUAGCCUUUCAUUAGGAAGUUACCAGCCGAUAAUGUGCAAUUAACAAAUAUAAACACGCGCUUAUCAUGAGUUAAGAAGAUAACUAUAAUAGCUUGGCGACCCAAAUAUUUCGCAGUAGUAGCCAUGGAGAAGUUGGAAGGAAAACUUGCAGUGGUGACAGGAACUUCCUCUGGUAUCGGCCGGGGAAUUGCAAUCAAAUUGGUGGAAGCUGGACUGCGUGUCGUCGGUAUUGCAAGACGCGAGGAUCGCGGUCGAGAACUUGAGCUGGCUUUGGAUGGGAAAAAAGGUCGAUUCUAUCAUCUAACCGCCGAUAUUACAAAGGAGGAGGAUGUGCUCAAGGCGUUUAAGUGGAUCGAAGAAAAUUUGGGAGUGGUUCAUAUUUUGGUAAAUAACGCCGGUACAAUGCGAGAAACUACACUCAUCGAUGGAAAGACGACGUGCUGGAAAGAUAUUGUGGACCUUAAUAUUUUCGGUUUAUCCAUGAUGACAAGGGAGGCUGUAAAAUCGAUGCGAGCGAACAAUAUAACUGGCGAAAUUAUACAUAUAGGAAGCGUGGGAGGUUGCAUAUCAUCAUCCCCUACGAAGGGAUCACGAAUGUAUUGCGCCAGCAAGCAUGCGGUACGCAACUUGACAGAAGGGUUGCGACAAGAACUGAUCGAAGUGGGUAGCGAAAUUAAAAUAUCGUGCAUCAAUCCUGGACUGGUCGAGAAUACCGAAAUUGUCCAGUACAAUGAAGCGAUAAAGGGGUUCUUACCCUUACUCGAACAUGCACUGAAACCUGAAGACAUCGGGGACAUGGUUUUGUUUGUACUUUCGCGACCACCUCAUGUUCAGAUUCACGACAUUCAAGUUAGAUCAGUCGGUGAAAUAGUUUAAAGAAGUCGAUUGGAAUACUACAAUUAGUUUUUUUAGUCGAUAGUCGGAAAAAUGGCAUAUUAUUGUUUUGUUUAUGUCAUCACAAAGCAUGUGAUUUCCGUACUGUACGGGAAUCUUAAUUCCUGUACAGUACGGGAAAAUAUCUAUAUUCUUGUGAGCAUGAAAAAAUAAAAGAACAGUUAUACACGCAAA